AUGAUUUUUCUGGCUAUGCAUGAUAAAUCAAUGCGAUUUGCACGUGACGGAGGCAGACUAAACACACACGAGUUCGUUUUUAUUGACACAUUGAUCGCCGCUAAUAGAGAUACAAAUGCAUUGUCUGCAGGCUAUAAGCUAAGGUGUGCCUAA